AUGCUGUAUAUCACCUUGCUUCAAGUUUUGGUGCUGUCCGCUUUCGUUGGUCGGUCGCACUCGCAAUCAGCACCACAACGCGCUUGCAUUGAUGAUGCAAGCUGCAGCUUGAAUGGCAUUUGUGAAUCAGGUGUGUGCAAAUGCGACCCGGGUUGGAAGGGGUCGGAUUGCGGUGUGCUUGAUCUGCGCCCAGCCCUGCGAAACAGCGGCUACAAUCACACAGCAGAACAGACUUCAUCGUGGGGAGCCAGCAUUGUCCGCGAUCCAAAAGACAGCAACCUCCACCACAUGUUCUUUUCUUACUUUGAACACCAUUGCCCACUCAAAUCAUGGAUGCCCUUUAGCACCAUUGCGCAUGCCACAUCCCGCACUGGUCCAGCCGGCCCCUACGAGUCGCCCGUGCAGGUUAUUGGAACCUUUGCCCAUAACCCAACCGUGAUUUGGAGCCCCUACGAUAAGCACUACCUGCUCUACCACAUUGGCUGCCCCCAACCCAUGCCUGAUGUAUGCGGCCCGGUAAAAUUCAAAUGCGGUGUGCCUGACGGUCAGAGUGGUAUCACAGUGCACUCCAGCCCUGAUCUCGCCAACUGGAAGAGCCACGGGAUAGUGUUCAAUGGUACCACGGAUAAGACUCGCUGGGAUAAGACCGCAACUAACCCUUCUGCGUGGCCCAUGUACUCAAAAGAUAACAAGACGCCAGGAAUUAUUUUGGUCUACCGAGGAAACAACCAAAACGAGACCAAUUUCUCCUCAGGCAACAUUGCCGUCUCUCCUACCGGCAUGGACGGACCGUAUACAAGAAUCCAGAAAGACCCGCUGAUGAUGUAUCGCUACGAGGAUCCUUUUAUCUGGCAGGAUAAGCGUGGCAAUUAUCAUAUGUUGGUGCAUUCACAGCGAGACACCGGCGCCGGCGGACUUGCAGGAGUCAAGUCGGUUGGUAGGCAUGCAUACGCGCGCAACUACAAAGGCCCCUGGACAUAUGGCUACGAUGUAUCACUGGCUUACAGCGCCUUGGUCAACUUUACCGACGGAACAAGUAUAAACUACAGCAGGAGAGAGCGCCCGCAGCUGCUAUUUUCCGACGAUGAGAACAUGACGCCACAGUUUCUAGCCAACGGCGUGCAAGAGGUCGGAACAAACAUGAGCUACACCAUUGUGUCACCUAUUGGUGAUGCUGGUGUCAAGCUGCAAGGGGGAGUACCACAGUCCAGCUGCUCCAUUCCCAACAGCAAGAUAUCUGUAUAGACCGGUAGUGUUAGUAGGAUUAUUCACGGCUAGAAAUUUCUAGCAGUACAAUUAAUGCAAGAUGACCUUUACGGCCAUUCCGAUUUUCCACGCGAAUGCUCGUAAACCAGGC